AUGUCAAAUAUUUCAUCAGUUCCAACAUUCAUGUCUACUAUGUUGCAAACGUCGAAUCUCAUUUGCCGGAGUAUCCAGCUCACCGAUGAGCUCAAGAUUGGUGUGGAAUAUGAUUGUUCUCAUGGUUUAUUGAAUAUCUUCGUGAAAAAUACUGGUCAUCAAAGUCACUAUCCAUCGCAGAUAAAUCUCCAUUCAAAUGAAAAUAAAGAUUAUCUACUUCAAUCAUCUCAAAUACAAGAAAGAGAUAUUGAGAAUGAGAUAACCGACUUAUCCUUCAGGGACGACGAUGAUGAACCGAAGAUUUGCAUCGAAGUAUCCAAUAUCUAUGUGUAUGAUAUAUUCGACGAAAAUGAAAACAAUCUCUGUGAGACGAUGGUUGCAUCAUCCUUAUCCUCAUCUACAUCAUCGUGCUUCGAUGAACAAACUUCCGAUAAUGACGAUGGCUAUUCGACACAUUCACUUGAUGAUACCGAGCAUCAGCAACAACAACAUCAACCAUGCCCGAUGCCGCUUCAUUCAUCGAAACUAAUCAUACCGUUUGUGUCUUCUCAACAUGAUUAUUAUCUUGAAGAAUGCGUCUCGCCCAUCCGUCGACUCAUCGAGCAAACGAUGUGGCUAAGUCCAUUCAAAAUGGUUAUUAAACAAAUGAUGAUCAAUCAUUUGUAUUAA